AUGGCCCAGGCAUCACCCGCAAAUGGCUCCGAUCAACCCGUGCAGCGAUCACCACUCAUCACGGAACCGCUUUCUAACCACCCGGUUGAAACAAUGCUGGCCGCCUGCCGCGCUGCGAUCGCCAACGGAGAGGACGUCAACGCUCUUGAUACUCUUCCGCACGUAGGGCACAACGCAGGACGGCCACUUGACGCCUGCCUACGACAAACCCACAUGCCCGGCAAGAAAUCUAUCGUUGAGAACCUCCCAGUGAUCGAAUUGCUCGUAGAGCACGGAGCUGAUCCACGGCUGUUUUCGAGGUCAGUCGGAGUUACGGGGAUCCCGAUUGUGCUUGCGCGACGGUAUGCUGUGGAUGAAGAAGAGAAAGAGGAGCACAGGGCGUUCUGGAAGCAUCUUUUGGGGCUAUUUGAGGAGGCUGUUGUGCGGAUCGAUGCGAAGAAGAAGGUGGAGACGGAGGGGGACGGCUGA